ACGCCACUAUAGCGUCGGCCGAGUCGGACAACGGUUUAUUUAUUCGAUAUUUGAGCGCUAGUUGAGUUGGUAUUGCAGUCGCUGUCGAAGUCGAUCCAUGAGUCCAACUGUGCGGCAACAUAAUUAGCCAAUAACGCGAUAAAAUCGUGAUAAUAUAUAUCCCAAUUGUAUAUUUAGUACUCAAUCAAGCUAGUGCUCGCUCGUAUCCUUUGAAGUCAACUCGGAGUUUAACGACAUAUCAUUUUUAGCUUUUAAUUUGAAUGCAUUGAAAAUUAAAUUCGAAUUCAACUUCAAUUUCGAUUUCGAUUACGCUAUCGUGUUGCAGAUUUCAUAAAGCGAAUUAUGAAAUUCCCACGUCGAUGUAAAGUGAGAUGAUUUGAGGUUUGGUUUAAUUUUCUGUUUCGUCGUCAACAUCAUGCUGGGCAAAUACAACACAAAGGCAUUCAUAUCGCUUGGAUUGACUUUCAUACUGAUGUGGAUUAGUGAGGCCACGGACGCCCACGUGAACUACAACUAUACAACGAAGCCGCGAGUGGUUCUUCCGCCUAAUUAUGUCAAGGAAAUGCGUCCGCCCUCGAAGAAGGGUUCCCCAGUGAUAGUAGACUUUAGCAUAUUUGUUGUAGAUAUUAACUCAAUUAACGUAGAGGAUAUGGACUUUAGAGUUGACAUGUUCAUUCAUCAGCGAUGGAUGGAAUCGCGACUAGAAAUCUCCGAUGACAUAUUCGAGGAGGGCGACGAUUAUGUGACCUUGCUUCCAGAAUUUUUCGACAACCUCUGGCAGCCAGAUCCGUAUUUUCUCAAUUCAAAAAUUGCCGGAUUUGGAAGUCCACAUAUUUCGUCGACUUCUCUACUACGCCAUAAGGAUGAAAAAGAAUCUAAAAACUUUCAUCUAGACAAAGCUUUAAAAAUAGCUACCCUGACGCACAAGUUCACAUCGGUGACGCUCUACAAGAACAAGACGGUGCGCUAUGCGGCCCGGAUGCACGCCAUCAUUGCCUGCCAGAUGGAGUUCCAGCUGUAUCCCAUGGACAUACAAGUGUGUCCCAUUUACAUUGAAAGUUUUUCGUCCAAUAACCAAAAGGUAAAGUUACGCUGGUCGGAUUCGGGCGUAACGCUCAAUCCGGAACUGAAGCUGCUGCAGUACAAUCUGGGCCAGCCCCUGGAGCUGGAGGAGAGCGAUGGCUACAUGCCCGAGAAGGUGGGCAACUUCUCUCGGCUCACCGUCUACUUUCGCUUCGAGCGUCAGAUUGGCCAUCAUCUGAUCCAGACAUUUGCACCCUCCUCGCUGGUCGUGAUGUUGUCCUGGUUCAGCUUCUGGCUGGGUCUGGAUGCCAUUCCGGGUCGCGUCACACUGCUGGUCACCUGCAUGCUGACGCUGGUGACAAUGUUUACGGGGCUGCGAGCCGAUAUACCACCCGUUGCGUAUGUAAAGGCGCUGGAUCUGUGGAUGGCCGGGUGCAUGGUCUCUGUGUUCGCCGCCCUGGCUGAGUUCGUGGUCGUCAAAGUGCUGGAUGUGCAGUAUCAGUACCAGGUGAAUCGCAUACCAAAGGUAUUGCCCAUGCGCAUUAGCAAUAUGGAAAAGGGUCAAUGCGCAACGGUGGCGAGCUGGGAGGGUGGUGCCGUACGGUCACGAAAGGCCACACAAACGCCGACGACGCCGGGCCAGACCUCACUGCAGGGCAAUGGCGGUCCACCGAAGCCGGCGCGUCGCCAAAGCCUUUUGUCUGUCGCCUGGACGGACACGGAUACGGGCGUCGAGAAGAUAAUGUGGCGCGAGAUUGAUAAGGUCUCGCGCGCCGUAUUCCCCAUACUGUUCUUCGUCUUUGUCCUGCUGUAUUGGCCCAUCUUACUGAUGAAGUCCUCCUAGGAUUUGGGGAGUUCCAGAAUACACUUUUCUGGACUCCGUUAAAAAAUCGAAACUCAACUCAACUAAACUGAAGCAGAACGCGGACAUACACUACGAUAUCCAUGUGCUAGUUAGAUAUUUAUCUAGAGAUAAACACACAUGGCAUAUUUAACUAUUGGAAUAUAUCAAUGACUUGAGCAUAUCACCUCAGACAUGAUAUGGUAUAUACGAAGCUACCUUUCCAUACUCGAAUACUCGAUUGACAGUUGCUCAUCAGCAUAUACACUCUCUCUCUCUCUCUCUUUCUCUCUAUCUAUAUAUACAUACAUACAUAUGUAUAUAUAUAUAUUUUUUUUUUUAUUUAAACUUCUGUUAGAAUAUUUAACCAAUAACUACUUUGCUUUGUAGUUAUAUUGCGCUAGCUAACUGGCAAAUCAACUUAUCAAAUAUCCUAUUGAGAACUAUUUUGUAAUUCUUAAAAAAUAAUAACAAACUAAGCAAGCAACAGUUGAAACAAAUUAUAAUAACAAAUCCGUAUCGGCUUACAUAUAGCUCGCUUUAUGCCUAGAACAUAACUUUUUAUAAACCGAAACUCUAUAUAUACAUAUAUAUAUUUUAUUUGAUUGAUAUUAAUUAGCCUGGGAUUGACUUUCGUUUACUAACUAUAGAUAAUAAUUAGAGAUAUAUAUUUUGUAUGCUUAAGGAAAUCAGCCAGAAAAUUAAUUGGUGCUUUGACGAGAUAAUAAAAUUGAUUGAGAUAAACCUUUAAGGAUCACGAAACAUAUAUUUCAUACACACACAACUCGUAAUGUAAAUAAAGUAGUAAAAAUGCUAUUUAGGAAUUUUUACACACUUAUAAGAUGAGUAAAUAAUUUAGCGCAAACUUUUGAGCUGUGGCUUUAUACAAAUAUAUAUAUUCAUUUAAAUAUAUAUAUAUAUAUAUAUCUAACUGUAGCUAAAAUAGCGCACACUCAAUAAAAGCUAGGAAUACGUAUAUCUAUGUUAAAUAUAUUUCAUAAGGUUAACGAAUUAAAAGGAAAUCAUAUAUUUUGUAUAUCAAAAAAUUGCUGUAAAUAUAAAAAAUAAUAUUAAUGAUUCAUCUUCACAGAGAUACUUAUUUAUCGUAGAUCCAAAUAUGAUAUUUGUGUACAUAA